GAGGAGUGGAGGAGAAACCCCGGUCUGCUGAAGGAGAGCGAUGUGAUUGCGCGUGUUCGGGGCGAGAGAGAGAGAGAGAGAGAGAGAGAGAGCGAGAGAGCGGGCAGAGCACGGAGCGAUCAAAUCAAGGCGAAAGUCCGAGCGCGAGCCACCGGGGGUGUGGAUUUCUACCCGGGACAAGUGAAAGUGUCGUCGGUGCGACUUCUGGCCGCACUUUGUUUUCCUUCUCGCCUCCCUCUCCAACCACCCACCCUCCCUCCCUCCCUCCACCCUGCAUUCCGCGGAGCAGCUGCGUUUUAAUGCUCGUGCGCACCCGAGGAGGCGAGGACGGAGCGAAGUGUGAGGAGGACGAGGCUGAAGAGGGAGAAGUGACGAGGCCCGGACAACACCCCUCCUCGCCCCCUGGAGGUCCGCGCACUCCCCCCUCCUGGCCCUGCAUGGACGGGGAUGGGGAGAGCCGGAUGCUGUUGCUGCCGCGGGGCUGAGCGCCUCGCCUGCCCGCGUCCGGCGCGGCGCUUCCUGCCGCCGCUGCUGCUGAUCCUCGUCCUCAACUGCGGCGCGCACUUAGGCGAGUGCCAGGUGGCCACCCCCCAGUGCCGCAUCCAGAAAUGCACCACCGACUUCGUGUCGCUCACCUCCCACCUGACGCCGGCCGUGGACGCCAUUCACACGGAGUUCUGCAAAGCCCUGCGCUCGUACUCGGCCUGCACCCAGAGGACGGCCAAGUCCUGCCGGGGGAACCUGGUCUUCCACUCGGCCGUGCUGGGCAUUUCUGACCUCAUGAGCCAGAGGAACUGCUCCCGAGACGGCCCCACGUCCUCCACGCACCCGGAGGUCCAACCCGAGCCCUGCAACUACCACAGCCGCACCCAGCACGGCCACGUGCACGCCCACGCGCACGCCCACGUGCACGCCCACGCGCACGCCCACGGCCACUCUCGGCCCGGGUACCUGUUCUGCGGGCUGUUCGGGGACCCACACCUGAGGACAUUUAAGGACAGCUUCCAGACUUGCAAGGUGGAGGGGGCGUGGCCUCUCAUUGACAAUGACUACUUGUCAGUGCAGGUCACGAAUGUUCCCGUGGUACCAGGUUCCAGCGCCACGGCAACCAAUAAGAUCACCAUCAUCUUCAAGCCCUACGAGGGCUGCACAGACCAGAGGGUCUACCAGGCAGUCACAGACAACCUUCCCGCUGCCUUCGACGACGGCACCACCAGCAGCGGGGACCCCAUCCACGCCCUGGCCGGCGCCGACGGCGCCACGGGGAAGGUCCGGGCCCUGUGGAUCUCGGAGCGCACGCCGGGCCGCCACGUGGAGCUGCACGCCGGCUACAUCGGCGUGACCGUCAUCGUGCGGCAGCUGGGCCGCUACCUGACCCUGGCCGUGCGCAUCCCCGAGGAGCUGGCCCGGGCCUACGACGCCACCCAGGACCUGCAGCUGUGCCUGAACGGCUGCCCCAGCGCCGAGCGCAUCGACCAGGCGGGCCACCUGCCCCUGCCCCCCGCGCCCCCCGCGCUCGGCCUCCAGCUCCAGCAGCCGCGCCGGCCCAGCUACGCGUCGCAGACUCAGGACCGGCCCCGCGGCGCCGCGCAGGGCUUCGGCGUGGAGGCGGCCAGGGAGCGCUGCAGGGAGCGGCUGGAGGUGCGGGACAUCUACUUCCACUCCUGCGUCUUCGACCUCCUGACCACCGGGGACGCCAACUUCACGGUGGCGGCGUACAGCGCCCAGAAGGACAUGGAGAGUCUGCACCCGCACCGGGACCGGUGGAGGAUCUACCCCCGCGCCUCCGCGCCCGGCUUGCGCUCCGAGUCGCUCACACGUCUGGUUCUGCUGGUGGCGUGUGCUGUGAGCGCGGCGGCGCUGUGAACGGGGGGCGCUCGUACGUGUUGUGCACUAGGAAGAGAGUCGGGGGAGGUUUUAUUCGCUGAGCACUGAUACCGAGCACUGAGUCCUCUCUCGUGCAGACGGGCUGGACAGUUACUGGGAGCAAAGGCUUGAUUUAGACUAAUUACAUCCCACCUGCCAGAAUCUGCCUUGUCCAGGUGAAAACACAGGCGCUGUGGCGCCGCCUCCACAGUCUGUCCGGUGGCGACACACUGUGAUAGACACUCUGACUGUAAAUAGCUCAUCUUGUCUUCAGUGCACAGUGUAACUGCAUAUAGUUUGUUUUUCGUGCCAUUGGAUGUGAGUUUUCUUUAAUACCUCAGACAGAGGAUGUUUGUUUUACCAGAAGCACUUUAUUUUUUGUAACAAAUCCACAUCAGUGUUUCCUCCCUUCGCUUCCUCUUCGCUACCAAAGCGCUUAGAAGCUGGUCACCGUCUGCUGUGUGGCGUUUCAUCCUCUCAUGUAAAAAGUCCACAAGUUGCCGUCUUUGUUUAAUUUCAUUCUUUCAGUAGCUGAUUCGACUCAGCAUCUCAUUAUAUCACUCAGUGUGAAUUGUUCGGUUGAAUGUAUUAUGAAUAUAGUAACAGAAAAGCAUUUUGUUACUGUACAAACUUCUUGUUUUUCCCUCACUCCUGAUUUCAACUGUGUGCGAACAUGAGAGUGUGUCUGUGGGCACCAGUGUUUUUUUAUUUAAUUCAUUUUUUUUUAAGUCAUUGAGACUCUUGGAUGUGCAUUUAUUUCAUCUGAACACCAUGUCAGAGGUGCUUCUUCUACCUUUUUGCCAAGAGGACGUCAUGAUGAUACCAGCUCAUGUUUGUUUCUCAGUGAACUCUGUAUUUUCAUGAGCCAAAGGCGGAUUAUUUAUGGAUUUAAUGUACAGAGGAAAUUGCAACUCGCCCUUUCUCUCCGCACCCCGUGUGUCAAUUUGCUACUGUAGACUGGUUUUCUCCUCUGCCAGAACUGACAAGCUGCUCAUCAAGUUCACCAGUGUCUGCUGGGAUAUAUGCUUCAGCAUGGUUUAGUGGGAAAUUAACUCUGACACCUGGUACGAUUGCUAAUCCCUCUGACUGUGAGCCUUUUAAAAGUGUAACACCCUGUAUAAUUAGUUUGGCCAUAUCAGCUUAAUCUCGGUUUUUGGCUUUGUGUUCUCCUACAUCACGCGAGUGUCAGUUUGGUGAAGAAUGACUGGUCAGUGUUGAAAUACUUAACUUAUUUAUGAACGUAGUGUCCUGUAGAGGAAGUUAAGCUCCAUAUUCUUGCUGUUGGAUAAUAAUUUAAAUAAUGUCAGAUGUGAUUGUACUGCCACCUAGUGGGACUCUGUUGCUAUGUCACUGUGUUACUCAAGGCGCAAAAAAGACAAAAAGAAACAAAACUGUGUGCAAGUGUUUUAUUUAAAAAAGACCAAUAAAAUCAAAACAAUA